UUGACUGAAUACUUUGUGCCAUGGCCAUGCAAAUGCAGUGUGAUGAAAGCACAGAUUUGUCGACAGAUGAGGGAAGCUUUGGUCCUCAACCCAUUUCACGGCUGGAGCAAUGUGGUAUAAAUGCAAAUGAUGUGAAGAAAUUAGAAGAAGCUGGAUUUCACACUGUUGAAGCUGUUGCUUAUGCACCAAAGAAAGAAUUGCUCAAUAUUAAAGGCAUUAGUGAAGCUAAAGCUGACAAAAUCUUGGCAGAAGCAGCAAAAUUGGUUCCGAUGGGUUUCACCACAGCAACAGAGUUUCAUCAGCGGAGGUCAGAGAUCAUUCAGAUCACCACUGGGUCCAAAGAACUUGAUAAGCUCCUUCAAGGAGGAAUAGAAACCGGGUCUAUAACAGAAAUGUUUGGAGAAUUCCGCACAGGCAAGACUCAGUUGUGUCACACACUGGCCGUAACCUGCCAGCUUCCUAUUGACCGAGGUGGUGGUGAAGGGAAAGCCAUGUACAUUGACACGGAGGGCACUUUCCGUCCAGAGCGUUUGCUUGCUGUGGCUGAAAGGUAUGGCUUAUCUGGCAGCGAUGUGCUCGAUAAUGUGGCAUAUGCUCGAGGUUUUAAUACGGACCACCAGACGCAGCUCCUAUACCAAGCCUCUGCUAUGAUGACAGAAUCAAGAUAUGCUUUGCUGAUCGUAGACAGUGCCACAGCCCUUUACCGGACAGAUUACUCAGGCCGAGGUGAAUUGUCAGCCAGACAGAUGCAUUUGGCCAGAUUUUUGCGCAUGCUUCUUCGACUUGCAGAUGAGUUUGGUGUGGCAGUAGUGAUUACAAACCAGGUGGUCGCCCAAGUAGAUGGAGCAGCGAUGUUUGCUGCAGAUCCCAAGAAGCCUAUUGGAGGGAACAUCAUUGCACAUGCUUCAACCACCAGACUGUACCUGAGGAAAGGUCGGGGUGAAACAAGGAUAUGUAAAAUCUAUGAUUCACCUUGUCUUCCUGAAGCAGAAGCUAUGUUUGCCAUUAAUGCUGAUGGAGUGGGAGAUGCUAAGGACUGAGUAACCCAAAGUGUUCAUCUUAUGACAACGGACUAAUGAAAGGCAGC